GGAUGUGAAGUAUGUAUAAAUCUAUAUCUGUGAAUACCUUUUCAAAUGUAGUUAGUAACUGGUGUUGUGCCGUGUUGUAUGUAAGCAUAAAACAUUGAAAAUCAUAGAAAAUCUUGACAAAUUUUUUGGUUUGCUCUAAAAGAUAUAAAUUAUUUAUAAACAAUAAAUUUACUAGUUCUAAAAUAACUAAAAAAAAAAUAACAAAGUUCGAGCACUAAAGUGUAUAUGUGAAAAAUCAAUACGAACUCUGCCUGCUCCACCACCCUUCAUCAUUCUUCGGCAUUAACGCCUCCGUUUACAGGAUUCGGUUAUGUAUGUAUGCAUGGUUGGGGAAAAAGGGAUUCUUUACAACAUUUGAGAACAUGGAAGAUUAGAUUGAUUUGUGCAGCGAGCGCUUGAGACGCGUACCUGCGUGCCUGUGUAUAUUUCCCCAACUCAACGAUACUCGGCUGAGCUUUUCAAAUACGCAUAAAGAUAAUGUUUUCCUCUACACAUCGCGGCAAUCGACGGGAACCGAAUGCGAAUGCCAGCGCUGAUUUGGUGGAUGAUGACGAUGACGGCAGCAGCAUCAUUGAUGACACCGACGUGGAUGUGCCAGUCGAUGUGGACGUCGACGUGGUGUCCACACAGAAGCCACACUUCCUAGACGAUGCCAUGCCGCCACCCGAGAUGAUCGCAGACUUUGAACGUGUACUUAGUUUUGGCGCAAAAAGCGACACGUCGCCAGCGAAUGCCAUAAACACCAUAGUCACUGCGAGCAGCGGUGAGCAACUGAAGAUGGAUAAAAAGUAUGAGCGUGAUGGUGAGAUUAGCGACUAUGAGUUGGCCGCAAGUGGCUAUACGAAAAAAGAGUUCACACAAGAUGACAACACGUUGAAUCUGCCAAGCGUGAUUGGCAAGAGCACAUUUACAAAACCAAAGCAUUUUCUCGAUGAGAAUCCCAUACCACCGGACUACAUGUUGCUGGCGACUGCUGCCGACCAUGAGCUGCGUCGCGAGCAUCGCAGUCUAGACCGCAACUUCGAACGACAAGAGGAACAGGAGUCCGCACUCAUGGCCGGGCAAUUGAUGAAGAGCAGCAGCAGCAGUGGUGGUGGACGUAAGAGUUCAUUGGACCGCGGCGGUUAUGGCGGUGGGGUUCAUAGUAGCGGCAGUCAUAGUGGCAGCAUGUCGAGUUCGCGUAUUUCACGUGAGCGCAACAAGGAUCUAAACUCUUCAUAUACAUUGUCGCGUUUUCUACAUAGCGCCGAAACGCCGUCGCCACCGCCAGCUUUGCAACGUAGCAUACCGAAAGGCGGCGCUUGGGCGAGCAGCAGUGGUAGUGCCGGUAGUUGCAGCUUUGAUAGACUUUAUGGCAGCUUGCCAAUGGCACAUACAACCGGCAGUGCUGGCAUCGACAGCAACUGUGCGCUGGGUACGGUCGAUGACAUUGUCGAUGUCGACCGUCUGGGACCGAAGGUGGAGUGUGUGUAUUCGUUGCUCUCGAUGUUGGGCUCCAAUGACCCGUCGGAGAUGUCUAAGAAAUUUCUCGAGUUGUCGCGUACGCCAGAAACAUGCAGUGCGCUGCGUCGUGCAGGCUGUGUGCCGUUGUUGGUGCAGAUGAUGCACUCUGACGGCGAUGAUAGCGUGCGAAAAUGCGCCAGUAUGGCAUUACACAAUGUCGUACAUAGUCAUGUGGAUGAGAAGACGGCAAGACGUGAAGCGAAAGUGUUGCGUUUACUCGAACAGAUAUUGGAUUAUUGUAAUUUCUUAAAGACGCUGCUGCAGAGCGGUGGCGAGGCUAUAGCUGAUGACUCAGAACGGCAUCCGCUGGCGGCGAUUUCGUCAUUAAUGAAGGUGAGCUUCGACGAGGAGCAUCGUCAUGCUAUGUGCGAGCUCGGUGCACUACAGGCCAUACCGAAUUUAGUACAUCUCGAUCACGCUGUCCACGGUCCGAAACCGGAGGAUCAGUGCUGUAAUUCACUAAGACGUUACGCUUUGAUGGCACUUACAAAUCUCACUUUCGGCGACGAACACAACAAGGCCUAUCUGUGCAGUCAAAAAUUAUUUAUGGAAGCUUUAGUGGCGCAACUGGACUCGGCACCGGACGAUUUGCUGCAAGUAACCGCCAGCGUGUUGCGCAAUCUAUCAUGGCGCGCCGAUAGCAAUAUGAAGGCGGUGCUGAAUGAAAUCGGUACGGUGACGGCCUUGGCUCGUGCGGCCAUGAAGAAUAAGAGUGAGAAUACACUCAAGGCUAUAUUGUCGGCUUUGUGGAACUUGUCGGCCCAUUGUAGCACCAACAAAGCCGAGUUUUGCGCAGUGGAUGGCGCACUCGCUUUUCUAGUGGACAUGCUGACCUAUGAAGGACCGAGCAAGACCUUGAAGAUAAUUGAAAACGCCGGUGGCAUACUACGUAAUGUCUCUAGUCAUAUUGCCGUGCGCGAACACUACCGACAAAUACUACGCGAACGUAAUUGCCUCUCGAUACUGCUGCAACAAUUGAAGUCCGAAAGCUUAACAGUGGUGAGUAACUCUUGUGGUACGCUGUGGAAUCUUUCGGCGCGUUGUCCGGAAGAUCAGAAAUUCUUGUGGGACAACGGUGCCGUGCCGAUGUUGCGUUCGCUGAUACACUCCAAACACGCCAUGAUCUCUGAAGGUAGCGCCUCUGCGCUUAAGAAUCUACUCAACUUCCGACCGGCAGUACAGAGCCAAAAUCAACUCGAUCCAAUUGCGCGUUCGAUGGGUCUACGCAAGCUGCCAACUUUAAAUGCACGCAAGCAAAAGGCACUGCAGCAAGAACUGGGCGGCAAACAACACGCUGAGACCUGCGACAACUUGGAUAUAAGCGGCAAUGGCUGUAUAGCUAAAGAGGAGGGCCACCUACACCAACACACUACAUUGAGUGUUGUCCUGCAAGCACACCGUCAACGUUUUUCGGGCCCGGCGGGCAGUGCUGUACCCCCAGGCACCUCUGUACGAUUAACGCGCUCCGCCAUGCUGACUAAGAGUGAGAGUCGUGAUUCGGUCUUCUCCGCCAAGUCGGACACGGCCUACGAAAAUUUGAUGCGUUCCCAUUCAGCAUCAGAUGCAAAUCGCAAGAAGUUGCCAUAUGCUGCAGCAGCAGCCGUAGCCGUCUAUUCGAUGGAAAAUGAUGUGGAACCCACUGAGGUCGAACAGCCAAUAGACUACUCUGCCAAGUACUGCGAGAAAGAUGUCAAAGCACCCGAUGAGUGCAUAGCCGAAGCGACAAAAAGCAGCAACAGCAACAGCACUGAUGUUACUUAUCAGGAGACUGACUUGGAUCAGCCGACUGACUUCAGUUUACGAUAUGCCGAGCAGCAAAUUGAACCCGAGCUCGAUGUGCUCCCUAAUGAACACGCUGGCCGCAAAAACAUUUCGAACAUUUCGACUUCAAGAGACCCAACAAGCGUCGCGCUCCAAGCGGCAACAGGUAACAAUCGCGGCCAAUCAGCCGUUAGUGAUGGCAACGAAAUACUGCUGAUACUUGAAGAUACUGUGAAAUGCUACCAAACUGAAGAUACACCCUACGUCAUAUCCAAUGCCGCUUCGGUUACAGACCUACGGCAAGCAGUCGUCAAAUCUGAGGUUGACGCACCAGCUGAGAUAUCCAAGCACACUGACAAGCCGAAGAAAUACCAAAGGAUGCAACAGAUGCCCAACAAUGCAGCCCCACAUGGCAACAGCGCAUAUGGCUCCGGCUCAUACACGCCCGAGAAGCCAAUCAACUACUGUGAGGAGGGUACACCCGGUUAUUUUAGCCGAUACGAGUCGCUUAGCAGCUUGGAUGAAUCACCACCACCAAAUCAACAAAUAAAAACUAAAAAUAUGAAGACAACAAAGUCAAAGUCCAAUAACAAGGACCACAAUAGCACAACCGCUCACACACCGCCGAGGCACGUUGUUGUUGUCGAAGCUACCGCACACGCUAGUGGCAAUGCAACCACAAUGAAUUCGGCACAAGAGACGCCGUUGAUGUUUUCACGCCACAGCUCGAUGGACUCUUUGGUAGAGGAGGGCGAGGAUGAGAUUGGCGUCUGCGAUGACAAAAGCUCGGUUGUUAGCGACUUUAGCCGUUUGGCAAGCGGCGUCAUCUCACCUUCAGAAAUACCCGAUUCGCCUACUCAAAGCAUGCCGCAAUCGCCACGCCGAACCAGCAACGCUGGGCAAGCAAAUAACAUUGGAGGCGGAGGCAGUGGCUUUCUUACUGGCACUUUGCCUGCUGCUCCAUCCCGCGGUAGCGCGGUUGGUAUUGCUACUGCUGGCGCUGGUAUUGGGUUACGUGGCAAUGCUGCAGUGGGCGAAGAUACCAAGCGACCUUUGCGCAGUGUCUUCGAAGAUGAUCUGAGCACUUUUAAUGUGGAGAAUACCCCUGCGCAGUUCUCAUGUCGCACCAGUCUGAGCAAUCUCAGCAUUUUAGAUGACGAGAAUAGUUUGCCGCCGUCAAGACAACCUAUCGAGGGUAACAGCAAUGCGCCGCCGGCAAUCGUAUCGGAAGGUGAGGACGAAGAGAUUGGUGACAACAUCGACGACAUAUUGCUCGCGAAUUGCAUUAAUAUGGGCAUGAAUCGCACAACUAUAACAGCUGCCGAAUCAAAGAAGUCAAAGGCCCGCGAAGCGCGUAGUGAAACCGUCGGCGAUUCACAGUUACCGGCUGACGAGCCAAAGCACUACUAUACUGAAGACACACCGGCACUGCUCUCCAAGGUUGGCAGCAACACGAAUUUGUCAGCCAUUUCCAUCUGUUCCAGCAACAAUUUAGAUGAACUGAAGGAACUCCACGCGCCCACCACAACAGGUGGCUCAACCAAUAAUCGGCAUUCGCUCACUCUCUCGGAUGACGUGUCGUCGAACGCCUCUGAGAGUGGCGCAGCUGGUCAAACUUUCGAUUUGUUGCAGCAAUGCAUUGAAGUUGGCAUGAAAAAGCCGAAUGCACAGCCGAGGACAAUACACCCAAGUGCUGUGAGCGGACAGCAAAGAAUGUUGAGACAACCAUCUGUCACAGAUCCCAUUGCUAUGUUGCGACGCGGUGGUAAUGUAUUGCCGCCAUAUUUGCCCGUCACCGACGAAAUGAGCAAAUAUCUGGUAGAAGACUCGCCGUGUAAUUUUUCUGUGGCGUCUGGUUUGUCAAAUUUGACCGUGGGCUCGAGUUUGGUAGGACCCGCCGUACAACUGAAAGGAAAUCAGCCAAGCACUGAGAAUUUGCCCAAUAUGCCAGCAACCUCAGAGUUGGCGCCGGAACGAGCAGGCCGAGCUGAAAACAAUUGGCAUGACGAUUCGUUGAGCUCUCUCUCCAUCGACUCUGAAGACGAUACGAAUUUAUUAAGUCAGGCUAUCGCGGCCGGCUGUAGUAGACCCAAAUCGAAUCUUGGUUUUAGUAGCACCUCGUCUACCGCCAACAACAACAAUAACAACAAGCGCAUAUCACUUUCCGCUUCCCAGCCAAUUCCUAUCAAUGUGGCCACCUCGUCAUCUUCCCUCAAUUCCAGCGCCACAGCGCGCCACUAUCAACGGCAACAACAACAACACCACUCAUCUGAUCACGGCGCCGGGCAUAAUUCCUUAACAGGACAACGUUAUCAAAAUGGUAAUGACUCGUACAGUUCAGUGGAUUCGAGUGACUCGAAUGAUAACCAAGCCAAAUCACUUUUUGAGCUUUGCAUACGGACCGGCAUGAACAAAGCAUCACGUGAAGGCGCCAACCAUCGACGCCAACAUACGACGAAUAAUCGACGCAGCGGCGGCAGUAGCACAACGCAGUCGAAUCCAAAUCUCAAACAGUUCGAUUCGCUCCCACUACAAUUGCACACGCAAAGCCGGCCAAUGAUGCCAUUACCGACCAACACAUCCACGGCUUUGCCGGCCACAACAGCUGUCAAUCGUCACUUACGCGAACGCGAGCGCAAAGAUGAGAAGUUGCUUAUGGAGUGCAUUAGUACGGGAAUUUCAAAGAAGAUCGGUAGCAACAGCAGUAAUAGUGGCGUCGGCAGUAUCGGUGGCACUUCAGCUUCGGCUGCAGCCAAGUAUGCGGUCGAUAAUAACCCACAUUCAAUGUCUAUGCCAAUGUUCAGCACAGGCGAUGGCAGUCACAGCACAGGGACCGGGUCAAAAAACGUGCUGGCUACGUCUGCAGCUGCACCGGCGCUGUGUCACCCACACGCGGCUACUUCAUACUCAAAUGCGCACAGCACAGCAGCUCCAGACGUAACAAAGACGAACAACACCGGCUACAACAGCAACUGCUCCACCAUCAGCAGCAGCAACUCCACCAGCAACAGCAGCAACGACAUCAACAUCUCAUGCAGCAGCGUGAGAUGUUGGGCGGUGAGGGCCACCAACAACGCAGACAUCAUAGACGUAGUAAAAAAUCCGGAGACGGGCAUCACCACCACAGCACACAACGAAGGAAAUCUUCCAAAUCACGCGAACGGUCCAGUCGUACAGAAAACGAACAGUACUGGGUGUAAGCAGGAGGAACAACUGCUGGAACUUGAACAGCUCCCUACGCAGGAUGAACUAAAUAGUCCAUCUACUUCGCUGGACAACACUGCAACCAGCGAUGAUUCCAAUGAGUCAUUUAUUAUUGAGACCACAGUUUCGCUGGAGAUGCGCCAGUCACGCUCAUCGCCGCCACUGACCACUUCACAAAAACACAAAGAUCCCGAUUUAAUGUUGAAAUCAGUGGAGCGACUGACAUUGGAAUUUGUCUCUUCAGCUGAGCAGUUACGUACCAACGCUGCAAAUGUGGCAACCGAGUGCAGUUCAGCUGAGCAGCCACGUAUAAAAUCUGGCGGCGCCAGUAUUUCCAUUGGCGGCACCUCGAACUCGAACAACACUUGGAAUGAGGAUACCUGCCCCAACGACGAUGUCUCCUUUCCCAGCGUUAGUGUCACAGCGCCGGUAGUCGCUUCACUAAAUUAUGAUGAUGAAGACGACGAUGAUGACGAGGACGAGGAUCAGGCCACAGAUGCAGAUCAUAAAGACCUACACGAUUUCGCCGAAAUCACGCCAAUAAAUGAGGAGCAACCGCAGCCUUCACUUUUAUUACUUGAACGCGCUGACACAGGUACACAGCCGAGUUCGCUAGAAACGGAAACCGAAACAGAUACUUUGGUCAAUGAUGGCCGCAGUCUAGAUAUACCAUGCUACAGCGCCACUCCGCAAGAGUCAACCACCAGCAGCGGCAUAAAUUUCCAGCUAGGUGGCGCCGUUCAGUCAGCUGCGCUUUCCUUAGGUGGCCAUCAUAUGAUCUACGGCAGUAGUAGAAGUGCUAUUGCUGCGGCACAAGCUGCGGCCGCCGCCGCUGCAAUGACAAACUCCACCAUCAUUGCGAUUGAAGCGCGCGCCUUAGCUGAGAACCUUCAGCACGGCGGCAGCGUUAGUGCAGAUGAGGAAGAAAGUAUUGAUUUGACAUUUAGCAUCAAUAGCUUGGAUCUGGACAAUAUACGUCCACCAUCGGGCAUGGAAUCGCUCAACAUAUCCGGCUACUACCAACAGGAGCCACAAUCGAGCGCAUACCAUUCGUUGGGCAUUUUGCAAAGGCGUGGCAGCAGUACGCCACAGAGUCCGCAAAUGAUGAUACGUUCACCGAAGUUCCCACGAAAGUCGCUACCACAUGGUUUGGUGGCCAAGCGAGCACUCGGGCAACUGCCUGCCCAUCUUACCGGCAGCGCAGAGAGUAUUAAUUCGAGCUGUAAUAUGUUGGAGAAUAUAAAGCCGCCUUCGCUAAUGGACGAACUAUUGGACUCUAUGAUAAGCGUGGCUAGCAUACAAUCAGAGGUUGCGGAUGGCGAAUGUAGCAUGGCCACAACAUUAUCAGCUGCCUCCAACUAUGAGACUGCGGCAGGUGGUCAAAUGGAAGGUGCAGACUACGAUGAUAAUACUGUUACCCUGCAGAGCUGCUACGAAACAAUGCCACAUGACAAUGAGGCGGAAGAAAAUUCCUUCCACAGUGGUGCCGGCAGCACACCCCUGCCAACAGAUGACUAUGAAUUCAGUUCAGCUGAGUCAACGCCACAGAAAUCGGCAGCUUCGCCAACGCCGGCAAAUGGCGAAAAACGCACACUAACGCCGAAGCAGAAACGUAAAGUAGCCAAGGAUCGUUAUAGGACCUACACAAUCUCAUCUGAUGUCAAGGCACAAAUGGCCGAUGAGACGUUGCAAAUCGAAAUCUUCGAAACGGAGGCUUUGAGUAAUGUCAGCUCCUGCAGUCGCCGACGUGCAGAUGCCGAACGUUAUCGUACCCAAACUAUCGUCUAUACGACAGACACCACUACAACAACGACAACCACAAUAACAAGCAAUGAACUGGCAAAGCAGGACAUCAACGCUAGUGCGUACGAAUCGGGCGGUCCGCAAACUUUUAUCUCCAACGACGACUGCCCUUCUGAAAAUAUGUCCUCACUCCGCGAAUUGACACAAAAAUUCAAAUUCAUUACUAUGCCCGUUGGUCCAUCGAAAAGUGCGCCGGAAGCAGAAGCGGCUGAAAUGCGAAACGCACCAGAUGGCGGCGAGUGCACAAGUAUGGAGUGUGACCAAAACUCCGACACCGAGUCGCGUCAUGACCAGCAAGAAACUUACGCCAUUGUUGAAGACUCGGAUGAUCUCAGUGAGGAGGACACCACUGAAGAUAGUGAUUCGGAGGAACAGUCCAUAGCUAAGCCGCCAGCGCGUGCACGCAUCGCCAAACCCAUAGAGAUACCUGACCUACAAACGGUCACCGAGGCAGCUGAUGAGCAGGCGAAAGCAGUACGCGGUCGCAAAAAACCGGCCUAUAUUUCGCCCUACAGCAUACAAUACCAACGCACAAUAUCGCCACAAACACGCAUAGCUACCAACAAAACACUGACCUCCACAACCGCCGCCAAUGGUCUUCGCAAACGUGAUUCAAAUGUAGCUGGUCAUGAGGCGACCGCAAUGCGAUUGACAACAACAAAGAAGACACUACACACCCAACUUAAUGGUGACGCCAAAGCUGCGUCUACACAACAGCCACCAGCAACGCCCUCAUUGGAGCGCCAAGGUACAUUUGUGCAAGAAGAACCAACGGUGUCCACGUGUCAAGUACCGGUUGUAGUAUCGGAAGUCAAAGCAGCUGCAGCUAGCGGUGGCAGUCCACAACGCUCGUCUAAACUGCCAACCAAACGCGCCACAGGGGCAGCUGCUGCAAAAACCACAACAACGUUUACACAACCAGCCACAACACGCAAAAUACCGAUUGCGACAAAAUCCAGUUCGCCCAAACACCGCAAAGUGGCCGCAACUAUCAGCGCAGCCAUGCCACAGCGCUCCAACAGCAAUGCUGCCAUACGUGUGACCAGCAGCGCCGCACGCAUUACACGCGUAUCCGCUACAACGCCACCCACGCGCAGCAACUCCAAUCUCAAUAAUCGCGACACAGCCGCAACAGCGGCGGCGCAAGCCACCAAAAAUGCCGCUGCGAAAAUCAAUCAAGCGCAAAGUCGCAUAGCCAACAUUUGGAAGCGUGUUAACGAUGUAAAAAGUAAACAGCAGGAUCAGUACAAAGCGCCACGUGCCAAUGCUACACGUGCUUCAAGUGCGGCAGUGGUGAGUAAAUUGAAAUCUCAGCAAACUAAGUCAUCGCCCGCCCUAAAUGCACCAAAAACGGCGAUUGGCCAGCGUACGUCCACGCAACUGCAACAGCAGCAGCAACAGCAGAAGAAACAAACGCUGAUACGCAGCUCGACAUUUGAUAACACGCCGAAUGGCGUCACUAUGCCGGCGAAAGUUACAAUCAACGCUGGAGCCGGUGCCGGUGGCGGACUGACGGGUGUGCAACGCGGCGGUAGAAAAUAAGCAAAUAGAGCGUCGUCGAAUGAAAGCAAUAAAACGUUUUUAAAUAGAUAUAUAACAAAUGGAAUUUUACACGCCUGAAGAUUUAAUUUAAUAUAUUUAAUAUAUAUAAGCUGCGACACAGCACAGCGCCCAUGCAAAUGUGGCGUUAUGAAGUAGCACUUACUGUGCGCGCGUCUGCGAGAUAUCAAUAAAUUAUUCCAACAUACAUAUAUGCACCUAUGCGAAUAUCUUAUAUCUCAAUCGCGAAUCAACAACAAACAAAAAAAAAGGAAAACAUUUCAUGAUAACGACUUUUAGCAAAUCAAUCAAAUGGGUUAGUCAAAACAUAGGCACUCAAGCGCAUUUAAGUAUUUUUUAAGUUAGUGUCUAAACAAAGUAGUCAAGUAAAUAUAUAAAAGAAGAAAUUCAAGAAAAGUAAAAAACACGCUCAGAAGAACACACAAAAAGGUUUUUGCAAGCACAUUCAAGUGUCUCACGUGCUGUCUCUCUGCCGGAAUGCAAUAUAUGCAUGCGCAGAGAAGUGCUUAACUGAGUUGUAGGCCAAAUUAUAAAAUAGUUUAAUGAAAGAAAAAGGAAAAUGA